UGGGCAUGGACUAAACCAGCUGUGGCGGUCUCAAUUCUGGAAUAAAUUAAAUGGUGUGAACUUGAUGAAAAUCCCUCCUUGAGGAUGGACACCAAAAAAGGCACCGCGACGAGAACCAUAGCCAUAAGAUUUGUCCGAGACAAAAUGAAGAAGACCAGUGCAGCAGGAAUCAUAACUCCCACAGCAGUAUCGGAAUUAAAGCAAUUCCACCGCCGUUCAAGUGUUUCACAUUACUUUUGUUCGCGGAUUCAAUAAACCCGCGACCUAAAUCCAUAGUGCUCCCUUAAACCAUUAACCGCCGAGCGAAGCCCUUUCGACAGUGGACCAAUACGAGGACAACCGAGAUGCAGAAAAGAGAUGAUGAUUGCUAUAAGGUGGAAGAAAAGGCCUACAAAAGGAUUCGAAAGGGAAACUCAAUAGCGAGUGCAAAACCUAGCGGCGGUGUGGUUUCCGCCCACAAACGCUAACCGGGUAGUCCGAAUUCUACACCAGAGGAGCAUCAAUUGGCGAUUGCCUCAUCCUCAGAAGAGGAAUCGCAUCCAAUCUUCCAAAUCAAUUGAAGGGAUGCGUAGGUCACACCGGCACUUACGGAACCCCAAAGUGACCGCGGUGCUCUUAAAGACAGCCAGAACCCAUCCUGAAAGCUCACUGGCACACAAGUUCUGUAGCCAAAACCAUCACAACCAUCUCUCAGCGUCACUCUCCUAGAGAACAAAGUUGCAGGUUUCAGAGAAAAACAAACAAAAACAAUGGGAAUCGUUGAGGAAAAGAGCUCAUUUCCUCUCCCUAUCACCAAUUCCGAUCCCGAAAUCAAAGUUCGCAGUGUGCUCCCAGUUUUUGGUUUGCUCAACAUGAUUAUUAGCUGUUCGACGACCAUCUACCGCGCAUACAUAAACGGCGACAUUCCAAUGGUAGUGUUCAUCGUUUUUGUGUUCUUCGGCACCUUCUUGCUGGAAUAUUGGUUCCGAUUAUACAAUAAGUUGUCCCCGACUGAGAAUUCCUCGCAGCGCCAUUACAUUAAAAUUGGCAUAUGGCUCUUGAUAAGCUCUAUCAUGUUUGGUUUUGCUUAUGAAGUCUCCACUUUUAUGAGCCUAGCAGCGUCUGUCUCUUUCUUUUUGGUUGUACUCUGUGGCAACUCUCUCCUUUUCUAUGUCUAUUUCAUUUGGGAUGGUGAAGGGAAGAGCACACCCGCUAAUAAGGCUGCCAAAGCGGAAGAACAGGAAAAGAAGCCUUUCCUGGAGUCUGUAGAUAAAGUGUGUUAACUCGAUCCGUAUGUACCCAUCAACCUUCUUCUGUCAGCAGGUUCUAUUAGAUAUUCAGUCUGCAUGUACCCAUCUACAUGAGUUCUCGAUUUUUUUUUUUUGGUAUUUAAAAAUGUUGAGGUUAAAAGCAACAUUAGAAGGUUUCGCAAUAGCAUGAGAUUCUUAUAUCAUUCAUCUACAUGCAUGUUAGCAUGUUUGGUGCGGGGAUUCCAAGAGGCUAAUGUUAUGUAAUACUAUCUUAAUACUUAGGGCAAUAGAAUGACAUAUUAGUGUGUUUCUAAACCUACUAAUGCGUGCCUUCACAUCAUUUGAAACAUAAUGAUCACA